CACCCCGCCCCACCUAUGAGGACCCUUCUUCUCCUGCACCAUGUGGUGCGAAGAUUUGCUUCGCAGACAGAUGGGGAAGUCAGAGUGACACAAGUCCUCAAAGAGAAGUUCCCGCAGGCUUCUGCUAUUAAAGUUGUCGAUGUAUCAGGUGGCUGUGGAGCAAUGUAUGAAAUUCAUAUAGAAUCUGAAGAGUUUAAAGAAAAGAGAACAGUACAGCAACACCAAAUGGUCAAUCAGGCCUUAAGUGAAGAAAUUAAGUCGAUGCAUGGACUACGGAUAUUCACUUCUGUUCCCAAGGAUGGAAGCUAGGAGUGGCUGAUGUCCCAUCGGAUCCAUCAGUUUCAACUGAAAACACUUUGAGGGUCUGCAACUGAUGAUGCAAGAGGUUUGUACUGACCAUCACCACCACCGCUGCUGCUGCUGCUGCUCUCACACUUACCAUUAAACCAUUGUGCUGUUGUGCAGUACAGAAGGAAACAUAGGCCUGGCAGCAGUAGCAGCUGCCUUUAUGUCAGAUUUCAGAGCUGGUAGCCAUCACCCUUUUGGUUUGGCUACUUUUCCCCUUGCAGGAACUCAUGAUACCAAGUGAUUGUGGGAAUCUCUUUAGAUACCUGUGGCACCAGCGCCAAGAAGAAAACAGGAAACUUUUUAUCAAUUAGGGAGAGUCCUCCUGAGGUGACAUGGCCUUUGUGCUUUAAUUUUAAUGCAGAAGUAGGUCACAGAACAGGGGAAGGUCAAGGAUAAAUCUAAUGCAUGUUGAGGUUGCAUUUGUCACUGGAAUUUUAUAACUCUAGAUCUCAAAAAGGAAUACCAGACGGAAAGAAAAUACAGCUGCCUUGUACUCAAGAGUGCCUUUUUCUGUAAGCUGGCUGUUCCAUAGUCUAGCUUUCUGUCUCAGCUGUUAUUUGAUGAGCUUUUGUGACCUUUCCCGUAUGUUAUUCAAAAGGCAUUAUGUCAUCUGUUUUUUAAAAAAUUAUUCUUUGUUUUCUGAAACAUCAAGUAAGAUGUGCCUUUGGGUGAAGCGUAGUUUGUCACUGUCAUCUGAUCAAAAGUGUUGGGACUCUGAAGAUGAGAAAUAAAAGUGCCACCUAAAAGUUUAUUUCCAGUCUAACUUUAUUACUGUAGUUCUUCUGGGAGGUUGGUCAGUAUUGUACAUUUUUAUUAAACAAAAAACAUAA